UACAUUUCCAAAUUUCCCAUUAAAAUCUCUCAAAUUCUCAAUUAAAAUCUCUCAGCCUCCUAAUUUCGCCAAAAAUGGUUCAAACCCUAGUCCGAGCAAUUGUCGUGGCCGCUGCCACCGCCACCACCGCAACAUCUCGCCACCCCACAAUCUCUCUCCUCAUACCCAAACUCCUCUUCUCGACAUCCAAACUUACCAACCCUCCCUCCAUCCCAUCCCUCAUGCUGGGCCGCCGAUCCCUCGCCCCGCCCACCCACGAUGUCCGAUUCCCUACCGCCACCACCAGGUACACUCCGAUCUGCUGUGGGGUCAAAUCAUGUUCGAAAUUUGGCCGUCCACCAGAAGACAUGGAAUUGGUCCACCAAGGUUGGGAUUACUGGUGGAUCGUCAUGGAGAAGCCCGGCGGUGAGUGUGAUCCAAUCGAUUACUAUGCAGAGACACUGGCUAAAGUCGUUGGUGUGAGGUAUACUCUGGAAGUAGCAAAGAAGAAGAUAUACAAGGUGUAUUACGGCUGGAGCUCCGGUUUUUUUUGUAAGAUUGAUGAGCUGACGGCACGUAAGUUUGAAGGCUUGCCCGGUGUUCUUGAAACUUUCCCGGAUCCGGAUAUGGCCGACGACUGAUCCGAUCCUUUUUGGCUAUUCGGCGGAUAAUAAAAAGACAAUUCCAAGCCAACAGGACUUCUUGCUUUACAAAGAUCAGGAGGGGGAGGGUUAUUGCAAUAGCUCUUUCGUAUGGUGAUGAAGAUCAAAUGCUUUAAAGCAUAAGCAUAUUAGGAUGGCUAAACCAUGAUUUUGUUUCGUAUCAUUUGGGCAAAGUUAUUCUCUAGUUACUGUAGUUUCAAUUGUCACGAUUUAAGUCAUUGACUAAAUUAUUUUACAACAACAACAAACAAAGCUUUAUUCUAUUAAGUGACAUCGACCGAUGAAUUUAGAACGCUAUUGUGCUCGGUUUUGCACGAAAUC